UGGGUUCCGCAACGCCCCUCUCCCCUCUUCCCCGCGCGGCUCUCUCUUCCCGUCUCUCGUCUCGGUCUCUCAGUCACCGUCUCUCUCUUUUCUCUCAACUCAGUGGCCGUCGCCGUAGCCGUCAAUUCCAUCAUCUUAAGUGAAGACAUGAAUGCAUUCAAGGCUUACAAGGCCUGCGUCCCAAUUGCAUGGAGCCCUAACCUGUAUAUAAGUUUGGUGAGGGGCAUUCCAGGGACCAGGAGACUUCACAGGCGCACUUUAGAGGCAUUGCGUCUGCGCAAGUGCAACCGAACCGUCAUGCGAUGGAAUACUCCUACUGUCAGGGGAAUGCUCCAACAGGUCAAGAGAUUGGUAGCGAUAGAGACGGAAGAGAUGUAUAAGGCUCGCAGGCAAAAGGAUGCAAACCACUGCGCUUUACGUCCCCCCUUGGUCAUAAGUCACUUACCUGCUCCUGCUAAAUGAUUCUUUUCAAGAGCAUAUUCACUUGUUCUGAGAUCAGCUUUAAGCUACUUAUAUCUGGUUUGUUGUUUAAGGAACAUUUUUCCAGAUAUGUAUUCUCUUGCCAAUUUAGUAAGCUUGAAGCUUUUCAUAGUUUGCAUAA